UGUACACUCCCUGAAUCCCAGUGGCUAGCUGCACCCGGAGCCAUGAAGGCACACCUGUGGAUCCUUCUUCUGUUGCUGCCUCUGACUGUGAAGGCCCUACGAAGGGUAACUCUGAAGAAAAUGCCCUCCAUUCGAGAGACCCUUAAGGGGCUUGGUGUCACACCAGCGCAAGCGUUUGCUGAACUCGCGCCGAAACUGUCCGGUGGCCUGUCACCUAGCAAUGGGACAGCCUCAACAGCUCUGACCAACUAUUUAGAUACUCAGUACUUUGGGGAGAUCAUUAUUGGUUCACCAGCUCAGAUGUUCAAUGUUGUGUUUGACACGGGUUCUGCCAACCUUUGGGUGCCCUCGCAAAGCUGUUCUCCACUAUACACAGCCUGUUUCACUCAUAAUCGAUAUGAUGCCUCCAAAUCUCUCACACACAUUCACAACGGAACAGGAUUCUCCAUCCAGUAUGCUUCCGGAAACGUGCGGGGAUUCCUGAGCGAGGACAUUGUCAUGGUGGGUGGAAUCCCAGUGGUGCAAGUAUUUGCAGAGGCCACUGCUCUCCCUGCCGUCCCUUUCAUCUUUGCGAAGUUUGACGGAGUGUUGGGAAUGGGCUACCCGGACAUGGCCAUCGAUGGCAUCACGCCGGUGUUCGACCGCAUCAUGUCUCAAGACGUGCUGAAAGAGCAGGUUUUCUCCGUGUACUACAGCAGGGAUCCACAACGUAUCCCUGGGGGACAACUGCUACUGGGGGGCACAGAGUCUAAGUACUACACAGGCACAUUCAACUAUGUUCACACCAAGGGGGAGGGCAAGUGGGAGGUCACCAUGAAGGGUGUGUCUGUGGGGAUGGAGACAUUGUUCUGUACAGAAGGCUGUACUGCUAUGAUUGACACGGGCUCCUCGUUUAUAACGGGCCCCGCCUCCUCAGUCUCCGUGCUCAUGAGGACAAUCGGAGCUGUUGAGCUUGCAGAGGGAGAAUAUACUGUGAACUGUGACCUGGUCAUGUCCUUACCCAUCGUGGCCUUUCACCUUGGUGGUCAGGCGUAUCCUCUCACACAGGAAGACUACAUUCUCCGGCAGUCACAGUUCGGGGAAGACAUUUGCACUGUGACUUUCAGAGCGCUCGACAUCCCGCCUCCUACCGGUCCUGUGUGGAUACUGGGAGCUAACUUCAUCGCCCGAUACUACACCAAGUUCGACCGGAGAAACAACCGCAUUGGCUUCGCACAAGCAGUGUGACGGCUGCCAGGACCAUCCAGCCAUAUCCUUCUACUGCACCACAACCAUAUUACUCCCACCCCAUUAGAGUUAUAGUGAGUCUAUAGUUUCUUCCUCAGGCGACUGAGGAAACCCAAUUCAUAGGUUUCGACAGAGCCUGAGGCAAAGCUGCAAUGGUAUUACCUUUUUCCUUUUUCUUGGUUCAUAGUUUGAUUCUUAAUAGCAGAAACUGGUCCUAGGACAAGUCUUAGGAAUCACAUGGAAUGCACGUGCUCUUUUGCCCCACUUAGAGAAACAUGUGCCUUUGUCACACGCCAUCACAGUUUUGUUAGCAGAGUUUUUGAUACUAUUUAUUGAACAUUUUUUAGAUGUAGGCCUCUCUGGCACAGGGUUUAACUCUCAAAAUACCUUCCUGGCUCUAAUCACCAAGAAGCGGGUCAAAAGUCAAGGUCUCCUUUACUGUGAUCCUAAUUUCAAAUCAUGUAUCAGAACAGCCUUCUGUCAGCAAGAACACAGAUGAUGGCUGAUCUUUUUUUUUUUUCAAAGGAACCCCUGAGAAUCUUAGUACAAGUUAGACAACCUAAUGUACUAUGGUAUUUCUG